AUGGCCAUUUGCAACGCCAACUACGAAUUCACUCUGGUCGACAUAGGUGACGCUGGAAGAAAUAGCGAUGGUGGUAUAUUUUCUUACAGCAAAAUUGGAGAAGCUGUGAAAAACAACAGUUUGAAUUUUCCAUGUGAAAAAUCAUUGCCUGGCUUCCAGGAAGAAUACCCUUAUGUUAUGGUAGCAGAUGAGGCUUUUCAACUGCAACAUCACAUAAUGAAACCCUACCCAAGAGAAGUUCUAGGUAUUGCAGAAAGAGUGUUCAACUACAGGUUGUCACAAGCAAGGCGGACAACAGAACAUACCUUUGGGAUCCUAGCUGCACGCUUCAGGGUUUUCGACGUCCAAUACAUGCUAGAGUUGAAAUGGUUGUCAGGAUAA